GGAAGGAAAGGGCCAAGCCCAAACCACUACUACUUCUCUGAUGGCUUCUCAAGAUUAAGAGAGUAAAAGUUUUUUCGUGGACGACACGAUCCGAAGCUACCGCUUCUCUUCACCAAUCAACCCAUCACUCUUUCUUUUAACUGCUGAUUUUUCUCUUUAGCUAGCUGUAUCUUAAACUAACCUAAAUGGAGAUGGAGGACGAGUAUGGGAUAGCUGAUUUACGGCAAAUGAUUGCAGGAAGAUCAAGUUUUCCAGCUAUGAAUCAACAACAAUCAGAAUUAGUACAGUUUAACCGGAAUCUUGCAGCUGCAAGUACAGGAGUAAUGCCUACACGGUUAGGACAUGAACAUUAUCAGGAGAUGCUAAUGUUCGGGGGUGGCGGUGUUCAUCAUCAUCGAGUAGGAGUAGCCGAUCAUCUUCACCAUAAUCAAAAUCUGUGUGGUGGUGGUGGGAUGAUGGAGUUUUGUGCAGCUAAUGAUGAUUCGACUACAACUACAAACUCUACAACCAGUAAUAUUACUAUAAACCCUAAUAAUAGUGGUGUUUGUGUGUUGGAGAUGAUGGAAGGUAAUGUCAAAGGUGCUGUUAAUAAUGGAGUCGCAGGAGGGGGAGACAAUGGAGGUGGAAAUAGCAGAUGGCCAAGACAAGAGACAUUAACACUUCUUGAAAUCAGAUCCAGUCUUGAUAACAAGUUCAAAGAGGCUAAUCAGAAAGGACCUUUAUGGGAUGAAGUCGCUAGAAUAAUGGCAGAAGAACACGGGUAUCAAAGGAGUGGGAAGAAGUGUAGAGAGAAGUUUGAGAACUUGUACAAGUACUACAAGAAGACUAAAGAAGGCAAAUCUGGGAGACAAGAUGGAAAGAACUAUAGAUUUUUUCGUCAACUUGAAGCUCUUUAUGGAGAAACUACCAAUAGUCAUCAACUCUCAGUAUCAGUAUCGAAUACAAAUUUUGAUGGAGACAUUGCUGGUCUUUCAUUUCAAUUUAUGAACAAUAAUAGUGCUUCUACACAUUCAAACCAAGAAGGUUUACUAUCACAUUCCCAUCAAACAAAGUUCUCGGAUCAAAGUCUUAGCCUUUCAAACUCGUCGGAUUUUGAUACAUCGUCUUCCGAAGACAACAAUGAUGAGGACAUCACAACUUUUUCCUUUAUGGAGAAUGGGGAGAAUAAAAACAAGUUAGUGAAAGAUAACCGAUGUUCUAAAAGGGGUAAAAAGAAUUGGAAAGCCAAGAUCAGAGAUUUUGUUGACUCAAGGAUGAAGAAACUGAUGGAAACACAAGAAGCAUGGCUAGAUAAGGUGUUGAAAACUCUUGAACACAAAGAACAGGAAAGAAUACUUAGAGAAGAAGAAUGGAGGAGACAAGAAACUGCUAGGCUCGAUCAAGAACAUAAAUUUUGGGCCAAAGAACAUGCUCGCUUUGAAGCUCGGGAUGCAGUAAUAAUGGAGGCUUUUCAAAGAAUGGUAGGGAAUGAACUUAAGGUAUCUUCUCCAGAUCAAGAACUAAUAGCAACAAACUUUCAUGAGGCUACUGAAAACAAAAACCAUAAUAGAACUCAAGCGUUCAGAAAAAUUAUAGUAAAUGGUCAUAACAGAUGGCUUGAAGAUGAGAUCUUGAAUCUAAUACAUUUGAGAACUGGCAUGGAAUCAAGAUUCCGUCAGUGUGGGUAUCCAGAGAAAUCUUUGUGGGAAGACAUAUCUUCAAAAAUGGCUAGUUUGGGGUAUAAUAGGAGCGCAGAGAUUUGUGAAGAGAAAUGGUUAACAGUCAACAAGUACAUUACGAAAGCCAAUGUUGCGUCUAACAGUACAUAUAAGGAGUGUUCAAGAAAUGAAGGCCCUUAUUUCCAGCACCUUGACUCAAUGCACCACAAUGACUAUCAGGGCGCUUUUCCUAAACAGGAUACGUAUAAACAAGGGCCUGAAACUGAGGGAGUUCAAUUAAAUGAUGUCCCUUCUCCUUCUAACUCUACUGCAGGAAUGAGCACAGCAGUGCAGGAUAGCAGCUUUCGAUUUAUGAUGACUCAUAAUGAUCAAGGGGACAAUUCGUGGCAAAAUUAUGGUGUAAAGCUCUACAACAAAGGAAGCAACCAAAUCAGUAAAUUUAUUUCACCCCUAGAAGAGAUUUAGUGGAUGGAAGAGGGUGAGAGGUGGCCACAGAGAAGAGUUUGAUUUUUUUCUUGGUAGAGUUCUGAGGCAUGGAUUUAACUUCAGUUGCACAUUUUAGCAUGUCUUUGUUUUCUUGCUUACGAAGUGAGGAUAAGAGAAAGCGAAGUUGCAUGUAUAAUGCAAAUUGCAACAACAACACUAGCUUUUCAUUUCACUCUUCAUAGAUAGAUUUGUUCGUGUUUUUUUUUUUCGCGUCUUUUUCAUAUCGUUUAUAUAAUUAUGUAUCUGUAGUACCAUUCGUGCUGCAUGCACUGCUAUAACUGAAGGUUCCACUUCUAAGUAGUUAGUUCCUUAAUCUUGCUUGUUUGGCAAUGGCAUUCUCUUGUUCUGGAGGUUUAAAGUAA